UCUCGCGCUACGAGUUGCCUGGCGAGGAUCCGCGUUACAAAGUAAACACCCGGCAGACGAGCAGAUAUCACACAGAGGCAGUUGCGACGAUUUCCAACAUUUCCUUGACAUAUGUAUUAUGCGUGACGAGAGCUGCACCUGCGACUGGACGAGCCUCCGCUUCUUCUCUCUCUCUCUCUCUCUCUCUCUCUCUCUCUCUCUCUCUUGGUAUCGGUUGUAGAUGUACUUAUGUACCGGCGUUCAACGCUAUCUUAUACUAAAUUAUCUCUCUUAUACUUGUAAAAAUUACACUCGCACAGGCGGCUAAAGGCUGGCUUAUUUACACUCGAAUUGAGAUAUGUCAAUGAACGAACGGAAAACGUAAACAAAUAAUCUCAGAGAGCGCGCACAGGUGCAGAAAAAAGCCGCGCACUCGUCAAAAUAUACAUACAAAGCACGCGUAAGGCGAACACACGGUCGGCGGCGGCGGAGCGUCGCCGUGUAGGGUAAAGUCGCGACUAAACGCGUAGGCGAGUCGGUAUCUAUAACGCGGUGGCUGCUGCUCGUGAAAUGCUCUCGCUACUCUCGCUCUCUCGCCUGCCAACUUUCAGCCCCACUCCGGCUUCGCGCGCUAUAUAGCAUGUGUGUGCGCGCCGCUACUCCUUUCGCGCCGCGCCGAUCAUCAGCUGUGCCCUGUGCACCAGUGCGUUUCUCCGCCGAUGCACUUGGGCUUGUGUCACCUAGACUGACAGCUCUCGCAAGUCGCGACCAAGGUUGGCGAGACAUCUGUGACAAAUAGUUCGACUGAUGUAACUUAUCGUCGCUCGUUUUCUUAUCCAACAAAGACUUUCAAUAUGUCCAUUACAAAAUCUAAAGCUGUAGUUUUUCAACUACAAAAGCAAGUGAAAGUGUUUGUGAAAUCGUGGAACAGAAAAUUUUCAUCUAAAAUCAGUAAUCAACAAGAAAUAUUUGAUGUUAUUGUCAUUGGAGGUGGGCAUGCUGGGACUGAAGCAUGUGCUGCAGCUGCUAGAAUGGGUGUAAAAACACUAUUAAUUACACAUAAAAAAAGUACAAUUGGGGAAAUGUCAUGCAACCCUUCAUUUGGUGGUAUUGGAAAAGGAAAUCUCAUGCGAGAAGUUGAUGCUUUAGAUGGUAUUUGUUGCAGAAUUUGUGAUAUAUCAGGAAUUCAUUAUAAAGUUUUAAACAAGAGAAAAGGCCCAGCAGUUUGGGGCUUAAGAGCCCAAAUAGACAGAAGUUUGUACAAAAAACAUUUGCAGGCUGAAAUAUUUAAUACGCCUGGCCUGCAGAUAAUAGAAUCUUCAGUUGAAGAUAUCAUAGUACAUAAUGAUAAGCUAGAAUGCUGUGGAGUUGUUUUAAAAGAUGGAACGCAAAUAUUCUCUGAUUCAGUUGUAAUAACAACUGGAACAUUUUUAAAAGGACAAAUUAAUAUUGGAUUAGAAACAAGACCAGCUGGUAGAAUGGGUGAUGAACCAAGUAUCGGACUAGCCAAUACUCUUGAACGUUUAGGAUUCAGUAUGGGUAGAUUGAAAACAGGAACACCACCCCGAUUAGAAAAGUCUACUAUUGAUUUUUCAAAAUGUACAAAACAAACUCCAGAUGAAAUUCCUGAACCAUUUUCAUUCAUGAGUGAUUCUGUCUGGCUACCUACACAUGAACAAUUGCCUUGCUAUUUAACACAUACAAAUGAAAAAAUUAAUUCUAUUGUUAAAGAAAAUCUCCAUCUUAAUAGGCACGUGAUAGAAGAAAUUAAAGGUCCUAGAUAUUGUCCUAGCAUAGAAAGUAAAGUUUUGAGAUUUUCAAAUUUGCAUCAUCAAAUUUGGUUAGAACCUGAGGGUCUUGAUUCUCCUCUAAUCUACCCUGCUGGCUUAUCGUGUACGCUUCCAGCCAAUAAACAAGAAGAAAUGAUAAAGUUCAUACCUGGUUUAGAAAAUGCAAAAAUGGUGAAACCUGGUUAUGGAGUCGAAUAUGACUACAUAGAUCCCAGAGAACUAAAAAAGUCAUUAGAAACUAAGAAAAUUCCUGGUUUAUUUCUUGCCGGUCAAAUAAAUGGGACUACUGGAUAUGAAGAAGCAGCUGCGCAGGGCAUCGUUGCCGGCGUAAAUGCUGCUGCUAAGGUUUUGAAAAAAAACCCUUUAAUUAUAAGUAGAACAGAAGGAUACAUCGGUGUGCUGAUAGAUGAUUUGACGACAGGCGGGACGACGGAGCCUUACAGAAUGUUCACCAGCCGAGCGGAAUUUCGAGUUAGCUUGCGGCCGGAUAAUGCUGAUUUAAGACUUACGCAUAAAGGAUAUAACGUAGGCUGCGUUUCGGAAAAGAGAUUUGAGAAAACUACAAAUCUACUGAAACAAAUUCAGGAAUGUUUGCAAAUAUUGAGAAGUACAUCAAAACCUUAUAAAGAUUGGCAAGCUCAAUUACCGCACUUGCGAAAUAUAAAACAAAAUUUACCAAAAUCAGCUCUUGAUUUAUUAUCUCAACAAUUUGUUCAGUUCGACGAAGUAGCGCUACAUAUUCAAGAACUUUUACAUCAUGUAAAAAAUCGAAAAUUAGGGCACAGACUUGAGAUAGAAGCCAAUUACAUUCAUGCUGUAGCUGAGCAACAACGAGAAGUAGACGAGAUAAGAAAAAACGAAAAAAUGUCAAUACCGAAAGAAAUUUAUGAUACAUUGAAUUCAUUGAACGUUAGUAUAGAAGAUAAGGAAAAACUUGCAGAAGCUCAACCAGAAACGAUUGCUGCUGCGUACAAUAUUGCAGGAAUAACUCCUGCGGCUGUGUUAAAGUUAUAUUAUCAUGUUAAACGAAACAGUCAAUGUUCGAAAAUGUUGGAUUGUUGAUAUUGUUAAUUUUUUUGUAAUAAACUUAUAAAUUCACUGUGAAUUCUAUUAUCUAGUUUUAUAGUUUCUAUCGAUUUAAAAAUAUAUGUCUUUUACCAUCCAGUCGGUAACUCACUGUACAGAAUAUUGUUCUGCAUUUUCUACCAGUAAAUGGUAACAUCUGUGUAUGAAAAUAUUUAUUACCCAUAAAAAAAAAACAACUUGGUAUACAAUUCAAAGAUAGUGUUUGCAAUUAUAAAACUGUACUUUGUUGUUGCAAUAGUAUA